AUGUCAUAUUACUUUAAAAAUCUGAAGCCAGACUUGGAUUCUGAUGUGGGAGAAGACGAAGAGAACUUAUUGGAGGACAUAAUGGCGGAAAGAAACAAGCAGAAAAUAGAAGACCAAGAAUCAAGUGACGACGAGUUAAAGACUUUAUCCUUCGGUUCCUUGAAGAAGGCCGAGUCAUUAAUGGAUGAAGAAGACUUGAAGGUUAAGAAACCUGUUUACAAGAAGGCGGUCGCAACUACAUACAAAGAAGAAAGCUUUGAUGAAGAAGAUGAUAGUGAGGACAUAUCAGACCAAGAGGCUGGAUUUUUUGAGGAAGAUAGUGAGGAUGGAAGUCAUCAUGGCCAAAAGGUAUCGAAAAAGAAGAGAAAACAUGCACCGGUAGAACAGUCAUCCAAGAAAAGAGCACCACGAGUCCGGAAUAUUCCAGGAUUAGAAAUACCGAGAAAUAGAAGGUCUAAUCUCUACCAGGAUAUCAGAUUUGAUAAGUCCACAGGUAAAGCCGUUGAUACAUCUGUCAUAAGAAAGCGUUAUCAAUUCUUGGACGAAUAUAGAGAGAAGGAAAUUGAAGAACUACAAAAAAUUUUAAAAGAUAGAAAAUUUUUAUCUAAGAUAGACCAGGAAGAUCGUGAAGAAAUGGAGCAAAGACUAAAAAGUAUGAAAUCAAGACUACAAUCCAUGAAAAACAAAGACCUAGAACGUGACAUUCUCAAGGAGUACGAAAAUGAUAUAAAUAAAGAUAAUAGUACAAGGUAUCAUCUAAGAAAGUCUGAGAAACGUAAAGUGGUACAAAAAUGGAAGUAUGAUCACAUGAAGACCAAGCAACGUGAAAAGGUCAUGGAAAGGAAAAGAAAGAAGAGGUUGGGUAAGGAAUUCAAACAAUUUGAAUUUCAUAAUCGUAGGUAA